AUGAGUAAAGACAAAGAGCUGUUUGAAGAGCUGAAGCAAAGGACAGUGAAUUGCGUGAACCAACCAAACGACGAGUCCAUCGAGAGUUUGAGACAAUUUGUGACCAAAUGUGACAAACACUUCAUCAACUCGUUAUACCAGUACUCGAUAUUCCCCUUAAGACUCAUUAUCUCCAAUCUGCCGAAGAAGCAAAACAAUUGCGUGAAGACCAUUGAGUCGAGUGUUGAAUGUCUUUCAUUGAUACUCCAGAAGUCGCAGAUCAAUAGGUUUGACAUCUUUGCCGACGUUUUGUCCAAUUUGUUGCACUUGAUUGACGAUAAUUCAUACACUAUUGACCAAGAGUUGCCUUUCAAAGCGAGCGAAGAUCUGAUCUUAAGUGUGGUUAAGUGCGCGAAGACAUUGAUCCAGAACUGUGAUGACUGCAUAUUAGGACAAGUGGUGAGUCCGUCAUUCAGCGCCCAAUUCGGUCAUUCAAUUCAUAUACUCCUGAGUACUGCUAACAAACAGAAGUAUAGUUUAAUAAAAGCCGAGGCCAUCGAAACCAUUGACUGUCUGAUAGGUAAGUGUGAACUGAGUCUAACUCAGGACACACUCAAGUCGUGCCCUCAAGACCUGAUCGCAUACUUCUUGCCCGGAAUAUCCAUUAAUAUAUCGCAAGUCAUGUCAAGCGAUGAUAAGCUGAACCGCAGAGUAAUAAGUUCUUCGCUGACUCUGUUGUCCAAUACUAUUGUCUUUGUGUUGAAAAGCAUUUCAUGUGAUGCGGACAUUGAGUCGAAACGGAUUGAUUCAAAACAGGUUAAAGACAUUCCCGAAGAGUACGAACGAAAUGGAUUUCAUGUGAUCCGCGACAAGAAGUGGUUGGAAAACACUUGCGAUAAAUUGAAUAUUGUUUUCGAGAAAAUCAUUUCGAGUUUAAUAUCGCACCAGAACUCGAAUGUCAGACAAUCGCUGCAAGUGUUUGUCACUCAUAUACUGACCAACUGUUGCCCACUCUUCAUGAACAGGUGUCUGCCAUCGCUUAUAAGAGUUCCGUUGACUUAUUUGAGCGACGAUUUCCAAGAAAUAAGCCUCCAAUCGGACGCCUUUGUAAGCCAACUGUCCACCACUUACAGCAACAACAGCACCGAUUCCUCGAAGUCCUAUCUCGACAUAAUCGAGGAUCAGAUCUAUUCAUAUAUAACUCGUUUACCGAGAAUUAUCAGGACUUGCAGUGAAAGAGAGAAAAUAACAUCAAUUUAUUUAUUAUACGGUUAUAUCAAGUGUUUGGACACAAAUGGCAUCAAUUAUAUGCUAUACUCUCCGCAACACAAACACAAACUCUUCGAGUGUUUCAUAGAUAUCUGUCAAUUCGAUUACAAUGGGAUCAGACUUCUGGAACUCGUCACACAUGCGGACAAAGCCAUUCAUUUAAGUGAUGAACAAUUGCUUCAGAAGUGGAUUAGAAAAGACUUUUCAUACCUAAGCGACGAGAAAUCGGAGACCGCUUUGAGUAAAUGCUGUCAAUUGAUUGCACAGAGAGUUGAGUCGCAAGUGUUGGUCGACUAUUUGAUGGAUGUGUUGAGACAGUCGCAGAUGAACGCCAGUGUUGUGUUCGUCACGAAUCAGAUCCUCUCGACUAUCGGUGCCAACUAUAAGGACACCGAAGAGGUGUUGGAUCUAUACUUAACAAACAUUACGGCAACUCUUGCGGACAAAACUGUCGAGAAUAUGAAUAAAGAUAUUCUCAGACAAUGUCUGCUCAUCGAAGGACUGACAGCUUUCCUGCAUUUGUAUGAUUCAGAAUCGGCUCAUAAUUAUCUGUUGAAAUGUAUUUUCCCGCUCCUCGAGAGUGUCGGCGCUUCCAAUCUGUGUGUAUACCAGACGUCCCACAGAGCGCUGACAUUAGUGUCACAGUAUUUCGGCUAUAACUCCAUAUCGAAACUGAUUGUCGAAAAUGUCGAUUAUUUGCACUUCAUUGAUAACCAAAGUGUUCCCCUCGUAAUCAAAGUAAUGCUCAAGUUUUCCACUCAAGACAUGCUAUACCUCUUCGCUGAUAUCAUCGACGAGAUCAUUGUUGUCAUCGACAGUUACCACAGAAGUCAAUCGUUAGGAGAGUACGCUGCCGUUCGUUCACUAACGUACGUUAGUUGCCUGAAGAAGGCUUUGUUCACGAAUUUUGAGAAUCAAAACGAAGAUACGAUUAGUGAUACUGAAGAAGAAUGUGAUGAUAAGGAGGACACGACUGAGAAUGAGAAGAAAAAAACCAUUUGCUUCCAAUGGCCACAAGUCUUUGUCGCGCAAACCGAGAUUCACGGCAAUGGAACCGAUGCCACAAAGUAUAUCAAUCUGGAACUGAUAGGCGAUCGUAAACCUAUAGGCAGAGGCCUUCUGAUCAGCGCCUGUGAUCUCAAAAAGGCUAAAAUCUUGGGAAUCACUUCUUUGAGAGUUCGGACGCGUAUGAAAUCACCACAGAUUUCAGACAUCACUUGUAGGCAAGCAAACGAGCGCUUCGUCACAAUCACGUCCUUAUCUGUAAAUCUCUCGACAAGAGGUGACCACAACUUGUGA